AAGUUUGUCCCUUUGGAGGCGCCGUCCCGGCCGGCGGCCCGCUCGCGUCAUGUGACCGAGGAUCGCUGAGGCCUGUGGCGGAGGAGACGACGCGCGGCGGGGUCCUGCGCCGGCGGAACGGCGGCGGGAUGGAGGCGACCUUGGAGCAGCACCUGGAGGACACAAUGAAGAAUCCAUCCAUUGUGGGAGUCCUGUGUACAGAUUCUCAAGGACUCAAUCUGGGCUGCCGUGGGACCCUGUCAGAUGAGCAUGCUGGGGUGAUAUCUGUUCUAGCCCAGCAAGCAGCCAAGCUGACCUCAGACCCCACUGAUAUUCCUGUGGUGUGUCUCGAAUCAGAUAAUGGGAACAUCAUGAUCCAGAAACACGAUGGCAUCACAGUGGCAGUGCACAAAAUGGCCUCUUGACGUCUCAGACCUGUUCCCCAGCAGCCUGUCAUAGGGACUCAGUUGUACCUUAUGUUAAUUAUCCUAUAGAACUAUUAGAGUUCAAGUAAUUAGGCCAUUCAUGUAAUGUGUGUUGGACACUUUCCUGUUAAUUUUAGAGUAAACUGCUUUUGACACCAUGGAUUGACUUAUCAAAAUACUAGUUAAGAAAAUAUCAUGUUUUGAAGCAGUAGGUUUAGGGCACUUUGUAUAUAGAAUUUUGUUAUGUUUAAUAAAUGUGGUUGGAGGAGA